AUGAAAAAAGCCAAGUCAGCAUCUAAGCGAGCUUCUGUUGAAUGUGAUGUGAAGAAACUGAAAAGAGAAAGAAAAACACUUUUCCUUAAGUGCUGCUUUGUUGAUUAUCGGGAGAAUAAGAAAAGGGAUGAAAUGUUCUCUUGCAGUUGUAAUGUAAGAUCAAAAAUACCUGAAGGUUCACUGGAAAUUAGACAGCGGUCAGAAGAUUUAUUGUGUGCACAAAACUCAACGAUUCUCAUUCAGACUUAA